AUGUCUCCUCACGCUGAGAACUCCGUCUCUCGGUUCCACGCCACCUCAACCGACAAGGCCAUUGCCAUUGAGGAGGAGUACGCCGCUCACAACUACCACCCUCUCCCCGUUGUCUUCGCCCGCGCCGAGGGCAUCAACGUCUGGGACCCUGAGGGCCGCCACUACUACGACUUCCUCUCCGCCUACAGCGCUGUCAACCAAGGCCAUUGUCACCCCGAGCUCAUCAAGGCUCUCACUGAGCAGGCCAGUCGGUUGACUCUCAGCUCCCGAGCCUUCUACAACGAUGUCUUUCCCAAGUGGGCUGAGAAGGUCCGCAGCGUCUUUGGCUACGACAUGGUUCUGCCAAUGUGCACUGGUGCCGAGGCCGUCGAGACUGCCAUCAAGAUUUCCCGCAAGUGGGCAUACAAGGUCAAGGGCGUUCCCCAGGAGAAGGCCUGGAUCUUUGGCGUCUCCGAUAACUUCCACGGCCGAACUAUGACUGCUAUCACUCUAUCAGUCGACCCCGAGUCAAGAGAGAACUACGGUCCUUACGUCCCCAACGUCGGUGCCGUCAACCCCAGCACUGGCAAGCCUAUUCGGUACAACAACAUUGCCGAUCUCGAAGAGGUUCUAGAGGCUCAUGGCAAGGAGACUGCCGCUUUCAUCUGCGAGCCCAUCCAGGGUGAGGCCGGUGUCGUUGUCCCCGACGAGGAUUAUCUCGCCCAGGUUCAGGCUCUCUGCACCAAGCACAACGUUCUGUUCAUCUGCGACGAGAUCCAAACUGGCAUCGGCCGAACUGGACGCAUGCUCUGCUCCCAGUGGGCCAACAUCAAGCCCGACCUUGUCACUCUCGGAAAGGCCAUCUCUGGCGGUAUGUACCCCGUGAGCUGCGUCCUCGGCAGCAAGGAGGUCAUGAUGGUUGUCGAGCCUGGUACUCACGGCUCUACCUACGGCGGAAACCCCCUGGGCAGCGCCGUCUCCAUCCGCGCUCUGGAGAUCAUGGAGGAGGAGGACCUCACUGCCAAGGCUGAGAAGCUGGGCAAUAUGUUCCGCGACGGCCUCAAGGCUCUCAACACCCCUAUCCUCAAGACCAUCCGAGGAAAGGGUCUCCUCAAUGCCGUCGUCAUCGAUGAGUCUGCCACCAACGGCCGAACUGCCUGGGAUCUCUGCCUACUUCUCAAGAGCAAGGGUCUUUUGGCCAAACCCACCCAUGGCGACAUCAUCCGCUUCGCCCCCCCUCUGGUCAUCUCCGAGGAGGAGCUCCAGAAGGGCCUUAAUAUCAUCGCCGAGGCCAUCAAGGAGCUUCCCACUGUCGAGCCUGCCAAGGGCCAUUAA